AUGUAAUAAUAAUUGGAGGAUGCUGAAUAUUUUAGAAAAAAAGAUGAAUAUCGUUUGAGAUCAUUUAAAAGACUUAAAGAUCAAAUAGAAAAUAAAUGUAAUAUAGUUAAAGGAAGAAGUCGAGAGAUUACGGUCAAAAAAAAGUUUAAGUGUUAUAAAUCACUAGAGGGUAGAUUUUAGGAACACUCAGAUACAUUUUAAACACGCUUUAUGAACUCAUAAUUUUCAAAUAUUAUAAAUGAAGUAAAUCAUACUUGUGAGGACAUUGUAUCCAGUAUAUCAAGAAUAAAAAAUGAGGAUAGAUAACAUAAUCGUGACAUUUAAGCCUUGCUAAAAAAAAUAGAUAAUCCUUCUGAACUGAAUAUCUCUAAAUGGCAGACUGAUAACAAAUACAUACAAAUUAAAGAAGAACUGAUAAAAAUGCAAUAAGACUAAAAAUUACCAGAUUAUUGCAAAUUUUGUCUAAUAAAUAGUAAAGAUUCAAUGAAAAGGAUGAAUCGAUCAAAUUAAGAAAUAAAGGAAACAAGACUUUUAUUUUAAAUGAAGGAUAAAUUAACACCUAAUUAGUUAAAAAAGUAUAUGGAACAAUUGUUAAAGAAGUAUUAACGAAUUCAAUAGGAUUAAGAAUUAGAACCUAAUGGAGUAGGAUGGAAAUUAAAGACUAAAGUGAAGCCAUAUCAAAAUUAUGAUGAUUGGGUUAUUAUAAGAGAACAUAUGUUAGAGAAGAAGGAACCAUCAAUGCAAGAUAAGUUAAAGAAAGCUGAAAAAACAUUCAAAAGAUAAUUACAUGAGUAGAAAUACAGAGAUGCAGCAUUUAAACAAUUAAAAUCUUAAAAUGAAGCAUUUUUACAAUUUGAGAAACGAGUAUUCAAAACAGAGCCAGAGGAAGAUUUAAAGGAACAAUUUCAGAUUUAGCUCUAAGAUGCUAAAGGGUUUUGUGAUGAGAAUGCAAAAAAAAUUGAUAAUUGUAAAGCUGAUCUGAAGUAAUAAUUAUACUAAAUAAAACGAGAACAUGAUCGAAUUUAUAAAAACGAAAACAACUAUCUAAACAGACUACUUUCUACUUGAAAAUUCAUGUGGUCUAAGUAUGAUAUUUUGAAUAUUAU